AUGUCCCAUUUUCUGAAGACAAGAACUGAGCCUGUAUUAUACUAUAAGCCAUGGCAGCUUCGGUCCGGAGAUGAAGCGAUCAUACGUGAACAGGUUGAAGAAGCGGAAGCCACAGUUGCCCGGGAGGUCGCAGAAUUCGAGGCGCGUUAUCCAGCUCACGAAGAGGACACUUCGAAGAAACAAGACGAGGUUACUCAAGAAGACCGUGACCAAGCCCCUGAACCCGAAGCAGAAUUCAAAGAGAACAAGGAUACAACCCAUGAGACUGGCGCGGUGGGUGCUGAGACUAACCAUAACAGAGACUCUGAAGCUGCUCCAUCUGAUGCUACGGCUAUUAAUAAUAACAAUAUACCUAUCAAUAAUGACCACGCAGACGUCCAUCGAGGCGCUGAAGAUGACGGUGGCGAGGUUGUCGAGGAUAAGGAGGAUACAGUGAUUUACUGA